AUGGACGAUGGCGACCAUGUGUUUUAUGAUGCCGAUGACAUGAUGAAUGGUGUGGAAUUUGAGAUGCGUGGCGAAGACGAAGAGCAAGUGGAUAUUGUGUACGAUGACGACGACGAUGAUGAUGACUAUGACGAUGGAAGGAUUGUGGAUGCAGUAGACGAUUCACCCGUCAACACCGUGGUGCCCUCGCAGCGUUCAAUUGUGUAUCGCACAGAGCUUCCCGCACCAGUAACAGGGGAAGAGUUGUCCCUCUUCUCUAUACUAAAGAAAAAUGUGGGCAAGGAUUUGUCCACCAUUUCAUUCCCUGUGACAUUCAACUGUCCACUAUCCCUGCUACAGGCUGCGGCGGAAGAAUACGAAUAUGCACCCAACCUGCUAGAACGUGCCGCGCAGUCUUCGGAUAGCGUAGAGCGUAUGUUGCUGGUCGGUGCAUUUUCUGUGAGCGGCUAUGCUUCCACGGCGCAUCGCACAACGCGCAAGCCCUUUAAUCCUCUUCUUGGAGAAACGUUUGAGUGUGUGCGAGCGGAUCGAGACAUGCAUUUUAUUGCCGAAAAAGUUGUCCACCGCCCACCGGUGGUGGCUUCGUACUGUUUCGGCAAAGGCUGGAAGGUCUCUUCCGCCAUUUCGGUGAAGAACAAGUUCUGGGGCAAGUCGCUGGAGUUCAUCGCUGAAGGCGCCCAAAUUGUGGAGCUUGAUUCAGGGGACAAAUACAGCAUUUCCAAGCCGAGCUCGUUCAUGCGGAAUUUGCUAGCUGGAAAUAAAUAUCUUGAGCACGUUGGUGAAAUGGUAAUUACGAAUUUGCGCACCGAUGAGCGCCUCGUCAUUCAGUUCAAGGAGGGCACCUUGUUCGGUGGACCCGCCAACCGGAACCAUAUUGAAGGUACGAUGUAUGACCGGAAUAAUGGUGUUAUGGGUACCAUUAAGGGCAAAUGGGAUGAGCAGGUGGCGCGUGUGAUGGGCAAAGACCACCUGCAGGUGCUAUGGGAAGUGGAUCCCUUGCCCCCGAACCCCGCUCGCUACUAUGGCUUCACGCGAUUCGCCAUCUCUCUUAAUGAGAUCACUGAGGAUAUUAAGGAUGUUUUACCACCCACCGACACUCGUCUACGCCCUGACCAACGGGCCCUUGAACAGGGUGAUGCUGACCGAGCUGAGGAGCUAAAAUUGGUUUUGGAGAAUGAACAACGUGAGCGCCGCAAGCAGCUGGAAGAGUCGGGGCAGGAGUAUGAGCCUCAGUGGUUCCAUCCAGGCUCAGACGGUCUUGAUUGGGUGUAUGGAUCAUCGGAUGGACGGGAAUACUUCCGAGAGCGCACGAGCGUGGAAAGGGGACAUGCCACUUGGAACGUGAGAGGGGCGAGCAUUUUCCAACACUAA